AUUGACAGCCUCCAAAAGGGGCAGCCCUGUUUGCUCUUGUGUAACUUUUGUUUUACCAAAAACCUGACAUUACAUGGUCAGUACACGGAAAGUACAUCAAAGCACUGGAGCUGCGGACACAUCACUGUUUAACCAUGUAUGAACACAACAUUUUCAAAAUAAUCCUGAUUUCCCUCACCGUGGCUGUCUACAUUGUCAUGGUAGCAUUCAAUGCCGGAGCAGGUUCUGGUCUAAUGAAAGGAAUAUUCUUGCAAAAUGUAGGAAAUAUCUCAAAUAAAUUCAGUACUGAAUUUACACCAUCAGGAUGGACAUUCAUGAUCUGGAAUGUAAUAUUUGCUUGGCAGUUUCUUUGGCUUGGAUAUGUUCUUGCUGGGCUCUGUAGACGGAGUGAGCUAGGGUGGAUGUAUGUAAAACCAGAUGUGUUUCCAGUUUGCUUUUACUUGGUGUGGAUACUCAACAAUGUGCUUAAUAUAGGAUGGCUCUUCCUCUGGGAUCGAGAAUUCUUGAUUCCUGCACUGGUCUUUCUAGGAGCCAUCGCUUUAACCAACCACAUUGUGUUGUUCAUUUCCUACCGAGCUCUAUACCUUAAUGGAGACUGGCUUUUCAGACAGCGGAAAGUGGAUUUAUGGCUUAUUCGCAUUUUUGCACAAAAUGGAAUAGCUGUAUAUGCAACAUGGACUACGAUAGCCUGUCUCCUGAAUUUUUCUGUGGCCUUAACAUAUAAUGGCGGCAUUCCCAACAGUGUAUCCACUACUGUAUGUCUAUCUAUCCUGGCUUUUGAGGUGGUAUUAUGGUUUAUUUUGGAAAACUUUGUAUUUGAAAAAUAUGUCCGCUAUACAUUGACUGUGUAUCCUGUGGUUAUUGUGGCUUUAUCGGGAUCUCUGGACAAAAACUUUAAAAAUCCCUCUCCUGAUGGAAAUCACAUCUAUAUAGCUGUGUUGCUGGCGGUGGCUUGUGCGGUGUUCAUUGUACGUCUUGUGUUGGUCAUAUGGAGACAUUUCAAGCAGCCAUUGUACACCAGAACAUCAAGCAAAACCACAUUUCCUCUGGCCUAAAAGGAAUGUAAUAUGUGAUUUAAGACCUGAACAUGCUGAAACAAAUCGAGAACCAAGAUCGCAUGAGCCCCAACUAUUAGCUUGUCUAAACUUUCAGAUACUAUCUGUAGAUUUCCGGAGUAGUGUUCAAAUUGGUAGCUGAAAGAAAAUAAAACGGCUCUUAAUCUUUGAUACAUAACGUCCAAUAUUAAACAUUACCUCCUAUUUAUUCUUUGAUAUAACCUCUAUAAAUUCUGAAUGUUCAGUUUCUGUAAAUCUCCUUUUCGAUUUACCAACACUAAGUAAUCCUUUGUAUUACUUGAGGCAGAUCCUAGCAAUACAUAGAUAAUGGUGGCUCUGAAGGAAGUUGUACCAUCAGUUUGUACAGUAUAUGGUCAGCUUAAGAGAAUAUAAAUAAAUAUAUAUAGUAAAAGGGAAUGCUAUUGCUAGAUCAAUCUACACAGUAACAUUUUGAUUGUACAGCCCAUCCACAUUUAUCACUAACCCUGUAAUGUAAGGGUCAUAUAAAUUAGAUACAGUUAAUUAAAUAAUAUAAUAAUAAAAAAACAUAUUAAAUAUAACAAUAUUUUGUAGAAUUCAAUCAACAAAGUAUGUGGUCAAUUUAAAAUAUUACUUGAACAGUUGUUAAGAAUUACAUUCCUAUGAAUAUGGGUGUCUUAUAUUUAAAUGAUAGAUAUCAUUAAUAACAAUAUGUAGUAGUGAAAUUAUAAAGCACUUUGUGAACAUAAAUGAAUGUCCCUAAUGCACUUUUUACCUAACCCUCUUAAUCAAAUAUAAAUAAUAUUGGCAGGCUCACACUUAGUUCAGCAUGUGUGCCCAAGCUGGCUGUUAUUUUAUAUUGAUGAGUCUGACAAAUGUGAGCUGAGGUGGGUCCAACAGGACCCCACAGGAUGAAAUUGCUGUCCAAAUACAAAUGCGUACAGGUCUAUAUUUUCUGUUACACGUGUAAUCGGUGGGGAAGGGGGGCGGGGUCUUGGCUGGGGUGGAGGUCAAGGAUGCUGAGAGUUAGGCUUUUUUUUUAACCGGUAAUCCUUAAAUGCACAAAUAUUCCAGUCUAGUCUAAAGCUUACUGUCUGCUAUUCCAGCUAUUCUGGAAUUCCAGGUAUAAAGAUUGUAUACAUAGUUGCAUUGGUCCAGCUUGGACCAUUAUUUAUACCAUACAUGGCUGAUGCUCUUGGAAGCUGUAUACAUUGCUACGCUAGUGAUCUCCACUUACUUUCAGGUCCCUUGUUGAGCAGAUGCCCUGUUGCAUUCUGAACACAGGAGGUUAGCCGCUCAUCAUGGGCGCCAUUCAAAGGAUGCUUUGCAUUUUUUAAGUUAAUGCAACGUGCUCUCUAAAUGGAUGAGUUGAAGAGCAUGAUGUCACCACCUCACUUCUCUGCCUCUUUCAAUCAGAGAACACCUUGCAUUCAUUCAUAAAAUUGAAAGCAUUCUCUGAAUGGUGCCCAUGUGUUCUCAAUGCAGCAGGCCAGGCACUCAAUGUGAGAUCCAAAAACAAGUGGAGACCACUGGAGUAGCGGUGUCUACUUCAGUGAUUUACAACUUUCAAGAGCAUCAGCCGUGUAUGCUAUAAAUAAUGGUCCUAGCUGGACCAAUGUAACUAUGUAUAAAAUCUUUAAACCUGGAAUUCCUCUUUUAAGAACACUUCAUGCUGGUUCUAAUAGCAGGGGAUUGGCCAGGUAUGGCAUAUACAAGCUGGACCAAUGUAACUUUGUGUAAGAUAUCCAUACCUGGAAUCUGGAAUUCCUCUUUGUGUUUUUGUUUUUUGUGACCAGAUUUCAAUAAUGAAGGACUAACGGUAGACAGUUGUAAUAUGUAGAUUUUAUUGUACAGUAUUUAAAGGGAAAUUAAAACCCAACUGAAGUCACUUAACUUUUUAUGUAUUUGUAGUCCUGUAUGCCUGCAUGUUAUGAUUUAGGCUUGUGAGUUUAGCCAGGAAAUGUCUUAAAAUACCCUUUUCUAUCAGUAAAAAUGCUGCUUUUUGCCCUGACACUCCAGUGCACGUUAGUUGUGGUCAUAUGCACUACUCUAUGCACAUUACACAUCCCAUAUUCCAUACUUCAUCUCCGGAGUGAGCAAGAGAGAGACUACAUUAUUGCAUUCUCUGGGACCAACCUAGUUACCCUCUAACAGAAAAUUGGAUCACAACAGCAAAU